AUGACAAAUCAUCAAGAUAUUUUGGUGGAACAAGAACAAUCACUACCACUUGAGGAGAAAGAAAUAUCAGCCUCUCAGCAACCAAAUUCGAGUCCAUAUCAAUGUAAAUUAUGUCCCAAAAGUUUUACUCGGUUUACACAUUUAACUCGCCAUACAAUGAGACAUACUGAUGAAAGACCGCAUGAAUGCCAAUGGGAAGGAUGUAAUAAAAAAUUUUUACGUUCAGAUGAAUUCGUGCGACAUUGCCGAAUCCAUGAGAGACAAGAAAACAGUCGACGAAGAAAAAUGCUAUACAUGCAGAAUCCAUAUUUAAUUCCUCAUCACGCGAUCACUUAUAUUUUUACCGAAUCUUCGGGAAUUAAACAAUGUCCUUCGAGUGGUUGCACAAGAACUUUUACGCGACUUGGUAAUUUGUCCAACUAUAUGAAAAAAUGUCUCUUUCGAAAACUAAACAAUAAUACCGCAGAUGUUUUAGAUGAAAAUAAUAUGUUUGACCUACCUUUAAGUCUAGUUUCCACUUGUUAUUCCGAAGGUUACACAUCAUCUUAUUCUGAUUCUGAAGAACACGGUUCCCCGAUUUUGCGCGGCUAUUCUAUUACCUUUACUCCUUUUGAUCAGAAUGUUACUGAUUAUGUUGUUCUUCAUUUGAAAUUACGUGAUAUCAUUGAUUCUGCGGAUCAGGCUCGUCUAUAUUGA